AUGACUGAAUUUCUUUUUUUUCGACCAGAGAGAUGCAUCAAUCCUUCCUGUAUUACUUUCAAUCUUUCUGAGAGUGUUCAUUCCGAAGAAUCACCCGUGAGUCUUGCCCCGCCAAUCAAUGCUCUGCUGUCAGAAGCUCCCACCACCCUCUCUCGAGCAGCAGCAAACUCCACAAUUAUCCUGGGUUACCCUCGCAUUGUUAUCGAAAGUGAGGCACACUCGCUGAGCCCCCCCGCUGAGAUGACCAAUGAGCUGGAACAUUCGAGCCACUCGAAUGAUAGGAUUGCAAUUGCAAGAGAAAGGGUAAAUCCAAGUUUGUCGACUCAACAGGAGAAGGAGGAAAGAAUCUCGAAACUCCGUCAAAUGCACCUGAGAGCACUCGAGUUUCGUAGAUCAUUCCGACCGGUUAGGAAACUUAAAAGACAAGUACGGUGCUCCACUGAGCAGAACCAAAGGAGGUUCUCCUCUCCGAGUGCUUCACAAAGAUUAAAAACUAUUGUUCCCGAAGUGAGAUCUCUCUCGACCACCGCUGCUCCAAAUCCCGCUGUUUUAGUCCAAGUUUUAUCAACUGGUGAAAAAGACAACAAUUGCCAAUGA